GAGGCGGUCUACGCGUGCGCGGGCCGUCGUCGGGUCUCCGUGGAGAUGUCCGGGCGGCUGAAGCGGGAGCGGGAUUCCCGCCCGCCGUCCUUGCGGAGUUCCGUCUCCAGCCGCGCCCAGCCGCAGCCGGGCGGCGCGUCCCGAGGCACGGUGGGCCGCGCCACGUCAGCAGGCCCGGUGCGAGUGAAGCGGGAGCCCGACGACGAGCCCAGGAUCAAGCGGGAGCCCGAAGAAGAUGGCGGCGACGACGACGACGACGACGAGCCCACCGUGAAAUAUGGUCGAUUUGACCCAGAGGACCGACGAAGCAGGCACUGCCCAUAUUUGGAUACCAUAAACAAGAGCGUUCUAGACUUUGACUUUGAGAAGCUGUGUUCAAUCUCGCUUUCACAUAUCAACGUCUAUGCUUGUUUGGUGUGUGGGAAAUAUUUCCAGGGCCGGGGCUUGAAAUCUCAUGCUUACAUUCACAGUGUCCAGUUCAGCCACCAUGUCUUCCUCAACCUUCACACCCUGAAGUUCUAUUGUCUGCCAGACAACUAUGAAAUAAUUGACUCUUCUCUUGAGGAUAUUACUUAUGUUUUGAAGCCCACCUUCACCAAGCAGCACAUUGCCAAUUUGGACAAGCAGGCCAAACUCUCUCGAGCCUACGAUGGCACCACGUACCUGCCAGGCAUUGUGGGAUUGAACAACAUAAAAGCAAACGACUAUGCUAAUGCAGUUCUCCAGGCACUCUCUAAUGUCCCACCCCUGCGGAAUUAUUUUCUGGAGGAGGAAAACUACAAAAAUAUCAAGCGCCCUCCAGGGGACAUCAUGUUUCUGCUGGUUCAGAGGUUUGGAGAGCUCAUGAGGAAGCUGUGGAAUCCCCGGAACUUCAAAGCUCACGUCUCUCCCCAUGAAAUGCUGCAGGCCGUGGUUCUCUGCAGCAAGAAGAACUUCCAGAUCACAAAACAAGGUGAUGGGGUCGACUUCCUUUCCUGGUUCUUGAAUGCCUUGCACUCUGCUCUUGGCGGGACAAAGAAGAAGAAGAAAACCAUUGUGACGGAUGUCUUCCAGGGUUCCAUGCGGAUUUUCACCAAGAAAUUGCCACACCCUGACUUGCCAGCAGAGGAGAAGGAGCAGCUGCUCCAAAAUGACGAGUACCAGGAGAAGAUGGUGGAAUCCACCUUCAUGUACCUGACCCUGGACCUCCCCACAGCCCCCCUAUACAAGGAUGAGAAGGAGCAGCUCAUCAUUCCUCAGGUGCCGCUUUUCAACAUCCUGGCCAAGUUCAAUGGGAUCACGGAGAAGGAAUAUAAGACUUACAAGGAGAACUUCCUAAAGCGCUUCCAGCUUACCAAGCUGCCUCCUUACCUCAUUUUCUGCAUCAAGAGGUUCACCAAGAACAACUUCUUUGUGGAGAAGAACCCUACCAUUGUCAACUUCCCCAUCACGAAUGUGGAUCUCCGGGAAUACCUGUGUGAGGAAGUGCAGGCGGUACAUAAGAACACAACCUAUGACCUCGUCGCAAACAUUGUGCACGAUGGAAAACCUGCUGAAGGGGCCUACAGGAUUCAUGUGCUGCACCAUGGCACAGGCAAGUGGUAUGAGCUGCAAGACUUGCAAGUGACGGACAUCCUCCCCCAGAUGAUCACGCUCUCUGAAGCGUACAUCCAGAUCUGGAAAAGACGAGACAGCAAAGAAGAGACCAACCAGGAAGGGGCUUGAAAGGCGGAAAUGGAAGGCCAGGUCAGGAUCAAGGGGGCUGUGGCCGCCCGUCCCCUCUCCUGCAAGCGGAGGGCUCCGAUCACGAGCCGCCUGUCGCUGCUUCUGUCCCUUCAGCCGUCCAGUUGGGCACAUGCGGACUCCGCCGCCACCCGCAUCUUGCCUGUGCUCCCGCUGGAGAAGAGCUUGCAAGAUGGCCGGGCAGCCAUGUCUUUUUUAGACUUUUCUGGGCAUUGUUGACCUCCAGCCCAUUUCACCAUGGCCUGGUGAAGAAGUCAGUUCAAGCAAUCUCCGUGGUGUAGGGGAGAUUGGAGGGGGCCCUUGUGGUCUUUCCCCACAUAUUUUGUUGGACACUUUGGGCUCUACGUCUGCAUUAAAUGUGUAUACUUGGUUUUUUAA